UUGCUUUUUCCACUGUCUUUCUUUGCUAUCCGUUGUUUUUUCUCACUAGACAACGGUUUCCACCUAUUGUAGUUCUGUCUCUUACUAUUGAAUAAUCGCUUCAUUGUCUACUAUCGUACUUAAUUUUGAAACUCUGUUCACAACUGUGUCUUGAGGAUGCCACUUUUCUGGCUUGGGAAAAAUUAUGUUCCUUGGAUUGAUUGACAUAUCCCACCAUUUUUUUUGUCUCUGCUUCCUCUUCUUUGAGUUCUUGAAAUUUUUGAUGGAUGAAUGAGCAAUUUAGUGAUGAUUUAGGGUUUCCCAGUUGGUGUUCUGUGAUGGGUUGUUGUGGGUUCUCUCUUUCUAUUAGCCUUUAGGCCGGUGAUUUUUAUAUGCUUUUGUUUGCUCAUAAGUUUGCUGGUUGUAUAAGCUUUUCACUUGCGAGUUCGAGAGGAACUCUUACAGUCCUCUCUUCAAGUAGGUUUCUUUGGAAUAUUUGAGUUUGUUUUGGCCAAUUUUAGUGUUCUGGGAAGAUUUUGAAAUCCUUGGUUCUUUUUUUCCCCUGCUAAUUUUUUCAUUCCCCAUGUUGUAUUUUUUUUUUUUUUCAUUUCCCAUGUAAUUUUUUUAUUACUUGAUGUUUUAAUUGGUCUAAUAUUCCUUCAGAAUCUCAGGAAGUCUUAGAGCCAGUUGAAUUUCUUUAUUUUCAGUCUUAACUCUUAUAAACACUCUUCUUUUCUGUUAAAAGUUAUACCGUUUUGGGGUUUUCUUCCUUUCACGAGAAUUGGAUAUUAUUCUUCUUUGUGAGUUGAGCUUUUAAAUUUUCAUAUUUGGAUGUAUUUGAUUCUGAUAACUUCCUGUGUUCCUAGCUUCGUUUUCUAUGUCACUGGCCUGUUGUAUUCCGGUCGCUGAAGGUGUCUACUGUAUAGCAUGUGCUCGUUGGUUGUGGUUGAAGUUUCUUUAUAAUGCUGGCCAUGAAAGUGAAAACUGGAGCCUGGCCACUACUGAGGAAUUCGAACCUAUCCCUCGAUAUUGUCGACUAAUCCUAUCUGUAUAUGAAGAUGAUCUUCGGAACCCACUUUGGGCUCCUCCAGGUGGUUAUGGCAUUAAUCCCGAUUGGGUAUUACUACGGAAGGAUUAUGAAGAAACUCUUGGUCGUGUUUCCCCAUAUAUGAUUUACCUUGAUCAUGAUCAUGGUGAUGUAGUCUUGGGAGUUAGAGGACUUAACCUGGCAAAAGAAAGUGAUUAUGCAGUUCUGCUGGAUAACAAACUUGGACAGACAAAGCUCUGUGGUGGGUAUGUACACAAUGGUCUUUUGAAGGCAGCUGUAUGGAUUUUUGAAUCAGAAUGUGAAGUGUUAAGAGAACUGGUUGAAAAGAAUCCGGGUUACACCUUGACAUUUGUUGGGCAUUCCCUAGGGGCUGGAGUAGUGUCAUUAUUGACAAUAGUUGCACUGCAGAAACAGGAUAGAUUGGGGAACAUUGAGAGGAAGAGGAUCAGAUGCUUUGCUAUUGCUCCUCCUCGGUGUAUGUCACUAAAUUUGGCAGUGAGAUAUGCAGAUGUGAUCAAUUCUGUAGUACUCCAGGAUGAUUUCUUGCCUCGGACCACUACAGCUUUGGAGGAUGUAUUCAAAUCUCUUGUCUGCCUACCAUGUUUAUUAUGCGUGAUGUGCUUGAAGGAUACAUGCACGAUGGAGGAGAAGAUGCUUAAAGAUCCAAGACGGCUGUAUGCUCCUGGUCGUCUUUAUCACAUUGUUGAGCGAAAACCCUUUAGGAUUGGAAGAUUUCCUCCAGUUGUAAAGACAGCAGUGCCUGUAGACAAGAGGUUUGAGCAUUUAGUCCUUUCAUGCAAUGCUACUUCAGACCAUGCUAUUAUCUGGAUAGAGAGAGAGUCCCAGAAGGCUCUUGAUAUCAUGAUGGAGAAUGAUAAAGCCUUAGAAAUCCCAGUGCAGCAGAGGAUGCAACGGCAAGCUUCGGUAGAACGAGGACAUGGUGAAGAGUACAAGGCAGCCCUCGAGCGAGCUGCCGCAUUGGAAAUCCCUGAUGAAAACUUACCACUCUCCUAUGGAACAUUCAGUGAAUUGGAAGAAGGUGAGAAUUCUAGCCAAUCAAUCAAAGACAUAUCGGUAGCAUCAUCAACCAAACAAAGGGAUAGUUGGGAUAAAUUCAUAAAACGGUUUUUCGAUGAGGAUCAGUCUGGUCGAAUGGUGUUCAAAAAGUCGUAAGCCUUACUGAAUUUGCAUAAAUUCUUAUUUGGGAAGUAGGAACUGCAAGUACCAUUCUUUCGACUGUAUAAAGAAACAUAGAUUUUGUAGAUAACUUCAUUUGUUCCCCAGAAUAGGACAGAUAGAAUAUCCUCUCUUCAUUUUUUAUUUUUGGGUUACUUCUUGCUUUUGCUUCAUUUGUGACAAGCAAAAGCCAUAGUUUAGAAAUGACCUUGUGGUAAAUUGGGAUUUUAUUUCAUUAUUAUCAUUUAUUAUUUUAUAUUAGUGAAUAAGAUAUCACAUUCUUAAAUAUAAACGUUAAGAAUGUUCUUCACA